ACGACAUCAAUACUCUUCCCAUUCAUUUCAUUGUAACAUACAGAGAACUUCGAAGAAAUGUGUAAAAAUUCUUCGUCAAUAAUUCACCUUAUCGCCUUAUCCGCAUGCCUUUGUUGAUAAGAUAGUUGAUAUUAGGCGCGCAUAGAAUACAGAAGAUAUCAGACUAGUUAAGAAUUUAGUUUAUUGAGCACAUUGGAAAGUUUGAGGCUGAAAGGAACGCCAAAAUGAAGACAAUUUGGCUUAUGUUGGUAGUUUGUUUAAUGGCGCUGCCAAUUAGAGAAAGUGACUCGCGUAAAGUGAUCUUCUAUGCCAGAAACUCAGUGCAAGUGGCUCAUUUAUUCGGGGCCGGCGCGGCGGGUGAAAUUUGUCGAAAAUGCUUUGACAAGGAUCAUCGUGGACGUUGCCGUCGAGUGGUUUCGUUCAUUCAAAAUGCUGAUGGUUGCUAGUUGGAACGCGAUUGAUUCAAUACAUACUCCUAGUCGUUAUAAGUCGACCAGUAUUCUCCUGGCUGGAGUGGCGCAUCAUUGGAAUAUAUUGGUUUGCAACUAUUUGCCAAAAGUAUCAAAAUUUAAUAUUAGAAAAUAGCCUUAGGUUAGCUCUAAGAUAUUUAAUAUGGUUCAUUGUAAGGAAAAUAGAGUAACAAAUGUA